AACAGCUACUGAACGAGAUAUUGUUAUAUUAUGUUCCCAAUUGAAACAGCAACAACAGACGGCACAAAACCUUCUUCCUCCAGUUUAAUGCUCGUGCCCUAGAUCAAUCUCUACAUAUCUCUCUCAAUUCAAUUUUCAAUUCAAUUUCACCUACAGGUAAGUUGACAACCAAGUUACCUGCAAAUGGGGGCUUCAGAGGAAAAUAGCGGUCUCUUUCCAAUAUUCAUAUUAACUAUGAUGGCCCUACCACUUGUACCUUAUACAAUCAUGAAGCUUUGUCGUGCCGCCACAAAAAAAGCCAAGAGCAUUAACUGCCAGUGCGCUGUUUGCUCCCGCUCAGGGAAAUAUCGCAAAUCAAUAUUUAAAAAGAUCUCAAACUUUUCAACAUGGAGUAACUUGACAUUGGUAUUGUUAUGGAUCGUUAUGGGUGUCCUUGUGUACUAUAUAAAGAGUAUAAAUCGUGAUAUUCAAGUGUUUGAGCCAUUUAGCAUUCUUGGAUUACAACCCGGAGCUACGGACUCUGAAAUAAAGAAGGCAUAUAGGAGACUUUCGGUUCAAUACCAUCCAGAUAAAAAUCCAGAUCCAGAUGCCCACAAAUAUUUUGUGGAGUCCAUUGCUAAGGCAUAUCAAGCACUUACAGAUCCAAUCUCCCGUGAAAACUUUGAAAAGUAUGGUCAUCCAGAUGGUCGGCAGGGAUUUCAAAUGGGUAUAGCUCUUCCUCAAUUUCUGCUAAAUAUAGAAGGCGCAUCGGGUGGAAUACUAUUACUAUGGAUUGUUGGUGUGUGUAUUCUUCUACCAUUGGUGGUGGCUGUUGUAUAUCUAUCCAAAUCAUCAAAAUAUACGGGAAAUAACGUUAUGCAUCAAACACUAUCCGCUUAUUAUUACUUCAUGAAACCCUCUUUAGCCCCAAGCAAAGUUAUGGAUGUUCUCAUUAAAGCUGCUGAAUAUAUGGAGAUCCCAAUCCGUAGGUCUGAUGGAGAACCCCUUCAGAAAUUAUUUAUGUUAGUUAGAAGCGAGUUGAAUUUGGAUCUCAAAAAUAUCAAACAAGAGCAGGCAAAGUUUUGGAAACAACAUCCAGCACUAGUAAAGACAGAGUUGUUGAUUCAGGCGCAUUUGACACGCGAAACAACAACCUUAACCCCAGAGUUACAAAAUGACUACAAACGUGUGGUGGAACUUGCACCUCGCCUUAUUGACGAAUUAAUGAAGAUGGCGGUUAUACCACGUACGUCUCAAGGGCAUGGCUGGCUAAGACCUGCAGUUGGUGUUGUCGAGCUUUCUCAGUGCAUCAUCCAGGCUGUUCCCCUUAGUGCAAGGAAAGCUACCGGAGGAUCCACAGAAGGAAAUGCACCGUUUUUUCAGCUUCCUCAUUUCAAUGAGGCUGUGAUGAAAAAGAUAGCCCGCAAGAAGGUGAAAAGCCUCCAGGAGUUUCGCGACAUGAAAACCGAGGACCGUGCCGAGUUGCUUUCUCAAAUUGGCGGUUUUUCCGCUGCCGAAAUUCAAGACGUAGAGUCAGUACUCAACAUGAUGCCUUCCAUAACAGUUGAAGUCACUAUCGGGACCGAAGGUGAAGAGGGUAUACAAGAAGGCGAUAUCGUCACAAUGCAAGCAUGGGUAACCCUAAAACGGGCCAACGGGUUGACCCGUGCCCUUCCUCACGCCCCAUAUUUCCCUUUCCACAAGGAAGAAAACUGGUGGUUUCUUCUCGCCGACCAAAACUCAAACAACGUCUGGUUAUCGCAAAAAGUAAGCUUCAUGGAUGAAGCUUCGGCGGUAACCGCUGCUUCGAAAGCGAUCGAGGAAACAAUGGAAGGCUCGGGGGCAAACCCGAAGGAAACUAGUAAAGCGGUCAGAGAAGCGGUUGACAAAGUCAAAGGCGGGUCUCGGCUCGUGAUGGGGAAGUUCCAAGCUCCGGCCGAAGGGAAUUACAAUUUGACUUGUUAUUUGUUGUGUGAUUCUUGGCUCGGAUGUGAUAAAAAGACGGGAGUCAAAGUCAAAGUUGUGAAACGGACUCGGGCCGGGACCCGUGGAGGGGUGACAGACGAAGGGCCCGUUUUGGAAGACGGUGCGGAUGAGGAAGAGGAGAUUGAAGAAGAGGAAUAUGAUGAAGAUUAUGAGAGCGAGUAUAGUGAAGAUGAAGAAGACGAUAAACAGAAGACGAAAAAAGAUAACCGUGCUAAUGGUAAAGCACCUGCGUCAAGUUCGGACUCGGGCUCAGAUGAGGAAUGAUAAUACUUUGAUUUAGGCAGGAUUAUAAAAAAAUUUUCCAUCUUUGAUAAUGCAGUUUUAUUUAAAUGGUUGUUAAGUUUGUAAACUAGGGUUUCAGAACCCAAAGUAACAGUUUGGGUCUUUUCUUAAAAGCAAAACCGUUAAUGAACCAAACUAGUC